AUGGGAGUGUACGAAGAGAGGGGAGCGAUGCACUGGCAACAGAGUGAGCGGUACCUAUCUUCUGCAUACGAGACAGGCGCCGAAUUAUCCCCUGUUGCCCCUGCUGCAUCACCUGGCUCACCUCGUGACUGCACGUCGUGUCACAAGAGGGAGCCACCAGAUGAGCCGCCACCCCCGCCGGCAGAGGACGGCUGUGCCGGUUGCGGCUCCCGAAUCACGGAUCGAUACUACCUACUUGCCCUCGAACGUCGCUGGCACACCCCUUGCCUGAGGUGCUGCGAAUGUAAAAUGCCGCUAGACUCGGAGCAACGUUGUUACGCUAGGGAUAGCAAUAUUUUCUGCAAAAAUGAUUAUUUAAGGUAA